UCUUUCUCUCAAAGCCCCACCAUUCUCAUCUUUCGAGCACAUAAAUUCCUUCUCUUCUCACUCUUCCUCUUCCCAACCCUUCUCUCUCUUUCUCUCUCUUUCUCAGAUCCUCAUCAUAUACCACUUUGCUUCCAUCUCUAACACUGCAACGUCACUCAUCAAAUCUUACUCUUAUUUCUUCUUUCUCCAUCUUCUACUAUUUCUUUCAACAAUUUCAUCAAGAAUGCGAAAUAUCAACACCGUGAAGCAAGAAUUCCUCAAAAAAUGGAUAUGGGGUCUCAGAAAAUAUAGCUCUCAAAAGAAGAACAUGAGUCUGUUGGAGAGAAAGAAGGCCAUAAAGCUGUCAGCAGAUUUGGCCAUGGCUUCCACCAGAAACAAAACCACUCGCUGGAGCAAGGCCCUCAUAGCCAAUGCUUCCAAAAGUAGCAGCAACAAAGUCCUCACGGAACACGUGCUGGGCUCAUCACCACCACCACAGAGGGUAAGGAAAAGCUCAGCGAAUUAUUCGCACAGCACAAGGAUGAGAAGCUGCAGAAGAAGAAAGCGCGCAGUCCACAGACCAAAGGAUAGGGUGGUGGCGAGUUUCAUUGCGAAAAAGCUGGUCCAGAAGCGAACGCGGAGGCUGAAGAGUCUCUUACCAGGAGGAGAAUUCAUGGACGAUGUGUCUCUGGUGGAGGAAACCCUAGAUUAUGUAGAAUCACUGCGAGCUCAAGUUGAAGUAAUGAGAUGCCUCGUCACUGCCUCAGAGCUCAUGAUCCUAAAUCCAUCGUAAAUAUCUCUUUAGAAUAUACAAUUAUAAUCAAUCCAUAUGCUUCAUUAUAUUAUAUUUUUAUAAUAUUAUGUUUUUUAAUAUUUGUUUUCUGGUUUUAUAAAAUUUGCCUCUUCACAUUUUCUCUUUGUGAGAUAGAAGGGGUGGAGAAGAAAAUUAAAAAAGAGGCGUUCCCAUGUAUACGCUAAGGCAUUGUACAGAGGUAAACAUAUAUAAAUCAAAUUAAGGUUUUAUUUUCAUCCUCAGUUGGCUUAUUUGCGUGUUUAUCUUUGAUUCGUCCACUUUUGUUUUUGCUUUUAUCAUGAUAUGCCAAUCUGUAUGUAUCAUUAAACCGAUGUGAGGAAAUUAUUCUAUAUAUAUGAUAUCUUGGUUGUUAGUA